AUGCAGCUCUCAGUCAGACUGAGUGUCUCCCUGCUGGUCUUUGUUCUCCUCACUGUGCUCCCUCAUACAGCAAAAGGCCAACAACCAUCAACACCACGGAGACUUCGUGCAAAAGUUGUUGGUCCGAAAAAGCUGGACGUGGCAUGGAAUAAACCAAAGGAAGGAGUUGUUGAUGGCUACAAGGUCAUUUACACCACACGGCCGGGUGGAAAACAGAAGGUGGUGUCAAUAUCAAAUCAGGAAACAAAUCUACUCAUUGAAGAUUAUGACCCGUCAAAAGAUUACAACUUCAAGAUCUUCGCAGUGAAAGCCGGGAAGGAGAGCAAACCUCUGCAGGGGAAACAUGAAGCUCAGCGAUCAACCGUCGAAACGACCGAGUCCCAAACGAGACAAAGCGGUGACGUGACACGGGAAAACAAUGAGAUCUCAGAAGUUGAAGAGGGAUUCAUGUGCAAGACUCCAGCCAUAGCCGACAUUGUGAUUCUGGUGGAUGGUUCUUGGAGUAUCGGCCGCAUCAACUUCAGACUGGUUCGAACCUUCCUGGAAAACCUGGUCCGGGCCUUCUCUGUGGAGUUUGACAAGACAAGGAUAGGUCUGGCUCAGUACAGUGGAGACCCCAGGAUCGAGUGGCAUCUAAAGACUCACACCACCAAAGAAGCUGUGAUAGAUGCGGUGAAAAACCUGCCGUACAAAGGAGGAAACACACUAACAGGUCUGGCUCUGACUUUUAUCCAGGAGAACAGUUUCAAAGCAGAGUCAGGCUCCAGGCCCGGUGUCCCAAAAAUAGGAAUCCUCAUCACUGAUGGGAAGUCUCAGGAUGAUGUGAUUCCUCCUGCGCAAAGUCUGAAGAGUGCUGGGAUAGAACUGUUUGCCAUUGGUGUUAAAAACGCUGAUGAGAACGAGCUGAAGUCCAUCGCCUCGCCUCCUGAGGAAACUCACGUGUACAACGUGGCAGACUUCAGUGUGAUGAGCGACAUCGUGGAAGGCCUCACUAAGACCAUCUGUGACCGUGUGGAUCAACUCGACAAACAGAUUAAAGGGGGAGGAGAACCUGCACCUCCUCCCACCUCCUCCUCUCCUCCUCGUAACCUUGUGACGUCGGACAUUACGGCUCGAAGUUUCCGUGUGACAUGGACUCACCCAGAGGGCCAGGUGGAGAAAUACCGAGUUGUCUACUACCCUGCCAGUGGAGGCCAACCAGAAGAAAAAGUGGUCCAAGGGACGGUGAACAGUGUGGAGCUGAACUACCUAAACUCUCUGACCGAGUACCAGGUGGCUGUGUUUGCCAUCUACCGCAAUUUAGCCAGUGAGGCCCUGAGAGGAAGUGCCACUACAUUGGCCCUGCCCAUGGUGAACGACCUGGAGUUGUUUGAUAUCACUCACAGCUCCAUGAGGGUCCGCUGGAAGGCUGCUGCCGGGGCGUCUGGGUACAUGAUCCUGUACGCCCCGCUGACUGAGGAGGAAUCUGGAGAUGAGAAGGAGGUGAAAGUGGCGGACUCCGUGAACGAAGUGGAGCUGGAGGGACUGACUCCAGCUACCGAGUACACGGUAACAGUUUACGCCCUGUAUGGAGAGGAGGCCAGUGACCCCGUGACCAGCCAGCAGACCACAUAUGGUUCUGUCACCGUUUCUCCAGAUGUUAGUGUCCUCGGUGUAGCUAUGGGGCGACUCAACUCUGCAGCCAUCUGUCUGCAGACAGAUAGGACCGUACCUGCCGGUCAGAACAGCCUGGCUCUGCAGCCUCUCCUGUCAGAUACAGAGUACAAAGUCUCCAUCACUCCUGUUUACGCCGAGGGAGACGGAGCUGUCACUUCGCAAAAGGGACGGACACUUCCUCUUUCAGCUCCAAAGAACCUGCGAGUCUCGGAGGAAUGGUACAACCGUUUCCGGAUCAGCUGGGACCUUCCACCUUCACCCACCAUGGGCUACAGGGUCGUCUACCAGCCGCUUUCUGCCCCCGGAGCGGCUCUGGAGACCUUUGUGGGCGAAGACGUGAGCACCAUGCUGAUUUUAAACCUGCUCAGUGGGACAGAUUACAGUGUCAAGGUCAUCGCCUCCUACACCACUGGAUCCAGUGAGGCUCUGUCAGGAAGGGCCAAGACCUUGUACCUCGGGGUGACUAACCUGAGUACUUAUCAAGUGAGGAUGUCCAGUUUGUGCACCCAGUGGCAGCCUCACCGGCACGCCAGUACAUAUAGAGCAGUUAUCCAGUCUGCGGUUGGAAGUCAGAAGCAGGAGACGAGGCUGGGCGGAGGAGCCAACAGACACUGCUUUAACAACCUGAAGCCCAACACGGAGUAUAAGAUCAGUCUGUACGCUCAGCUACAGGACGGGACUGAAGGUCCUGCAGUCACUGCAUCGGUGAAAACACAACCGGCCCCCACACCGGCACCAGUCAAACCCCCCACCACCACGCCGCUACCCACAAUCCCCGCCGCCAAGGAAGUUUGUAAGGCAGCCAAAGCAGACCUGGUCUUCCUGGUUGAUGGUUCCUGGAGUAUCGGUGAUGAAAACUUCCUGAAGAUCAUCCGUUUCCUGUACAGCACCGUCGGAGCGCUGGACCGAAUCGGCCCGGAUGGCACUCAGGUGGCCAUAGCCCAGUUCAGUGACGACGCCCGGACGGAGUUCAAGCUGAACUCAUACAGCAACAAGGAGCGCCUGCUGGAAGCCAUCAACAAGAUCUCCUACAAGGGAGGAAACACGAAGACAGGUCGAGCCAUUCAGCACGUGAAGGAAAACAUCUUCACAGCCGAGGGGGGUGUCAGGAGGGGGAUCCCCAACGUCCUCGUGGUUCUUACCGACGGUCGCUCCCAAGACGACGUGAAUAAAGUUUCCAAAGAGCUGCAGAUGGAAGGUUACAUCGUGUUUGCCAUCGGUUUUGCCGACGCCGACUACGGCGAGCUGGUGAGCAUCGCCAGCAAACCCAGCGACAGACACGUCUUCUUCGUGGACGACCUGGACGCCUUCCAGAGGAUCGAAGAGAAGCUGGUGACCUUCGUGUGUGAGGCUGCGACCGCCACUUGUCCAUCACUGCGGAUGGGUGGAAGCACAACUCCAGGUUUCCAAAUGAUGGAGCUGUUUGGGCUCGUUGAGGACCAGUACAACAGCGUCUCCGGUGUUUCCAUGGUGCCUGGCACUUUUAAUACGUUCCCCUGCUUCCACCUGCACAGCAAUGCUCUGCUGGCUCAGCCGACCAGGUUCCUUCAUCCUGAGGGGCUUCCCUCGGAUUACACCAUCACGCUGCUGUUCAGGCUGCUGCCUGACACUCCAGAGGAGCCCUUUGCACUCUGGGAGAUUCUCAACAAGGACAACGACCCGCUGACCGGAGUCAUCCUGGACAAUGGAGGAAAAACUCUGACGUUCUUCAACAAUGAUUAUAAAGGAGUCUUCCAGACCGUCACCUUUGAAGGGCCAGAAAUCAAAAAGCUCUUCUUCGGCAGCUUCCAUAAGCUUCACGUUGCAAUCAGCAAAACAAAUGCCAAAGUGUUCAUCGACUGCAAAAUGGUGGCGGAGAAAAAUAUCAACGCAGCAGGAAACAUCUCCACCAAUGGAAUGGAAGUUCUGGGCCGGAUGGUUCGCUCCAGAGCAAACAAGGACAACUCGGCUCCGUUCCAGCUUCAGAACUUCGACAUUAUCUGCAGCACAUCUUGGGCCACCAGAGACAAGUGCUGUGAACUUCCUGGUCUGAGGAAGGAGGUCGACUGCCCGGCCUUGCCCAAAGCCUGCACCUGCACACAGGAGAGCAAAGGGCCCCCCGGCCCCCCUGGAGUACCAGGAGGCCCUGGAAUCAGAGGAACCCGAGGUGACCGUGGAGAGCCAGGCCCGGUGGGGCCAGCCGGUCCUGUUGGAGACACAGGGGUACCUGGACCUCAAGGACCACCUGGCCCACAAGGACCAAGUGGACGCUCCAUCAUUGGAUCCCCAGGUUCUAUAGGGGAGAGGGGGCAGAAAGGUGAUCCGGGCCAGCAAGGAUCGCAGGGAGUUGCUGGAAGGCCUGGAGUUCAAGGGAGAGAAGGACCUUCAGGACAACGAGGACUUCCUGGCAAAGACGGCCCUGCGGGUCGACAGGGCCCCCCAGGAACUAUGGGGACUCCAGGGGCUCCAGGUUCUCCAGGAAGUCCAGGUUCUCCAGGAAAACAGGGGCAGCUGGGACCACCGGGUCUUCCUGGAGGCAAAGGGGAGAAAGGUGAACGGGGUGACCUCCAGUCGACAGCGUCAGUUCAGGACAUCGCCAGAGAAGUUUGUGAGCAGCUCAUCCAAAGUCACAUGUCCCGCUACAACACCAUCCUGAAUCACGCCCCCAGUCCACCGGUAACCAUCCGAACAGUACCCGGACCUCCAGGAGAACCUGGUCGACAAGGAGCCGCAGGACCACAGGGAGAACAGGGACCUCCCGGAAGACCGGGCUUUCCAGGACAAAACGGACAAAAUGGAAACCCAGGAGAAAGAGGUCAACCAGGAGAAAAGGGUGAGAAAGGAUCUUCAGGACUUGGUAUCCAAGGCCCCAGAGGACCAUCAGGACCUCCUGGUCCCCAGGGACAGGGCAGACCUGGAAGUCAGGGUCCUUCAGGGCGACCUGGAAAUCCUGGAGCUCCUGGUCGGCCUGGAGUUCCUGGACCAGUUGGUCCUCCAGGCCCCCCAGGAUACUGCGACCAGAACUCUUGUUUGGGCUACAACGUUGGAGAAGGUGAAGACGACGCUCACCUGGGCCCUAUGUCCUCAGUCCAACUUCCACCCAGCGUCUUCCAAAACUACGGCGAGGCCGAGGAGGCCGACCCGUACCAGUACUACCAACCCAACUACCCCGCCCCGCAGCCCGUGUCGCCCGAUGACCCCGCGCUCGACGACGUCGAAUUAAGGUCUCCCGGAGUGUACCGCAGCGCACGGAGCGUCAAGGACGAAGGAGAGAGGAUCGAGUCAAAGAGGAGAAUAAAGAGAGGAGCGAAGAAGCUGCCUGAACUAAGUGAAUGAAGCAGCUCGGCGUGUCUGAUCGAGGGCUGGGAGCCAUCAUGAACUAAUCAACAAGUGCCUGAUGUAGAGGAUUUCUUACGGACGUUGUAGAUGCAGCAGGACAGAAUGAGGUCGGGAUAAUUUAACUCAUCUAUGCUAAAGAAUUCACUUCAAGGAAACCGUUUUUAAAGUUGUAUUCAUCGUCA